AUGGAUCAAGAGAAAUCAAAAUCCAAUGAAAGUAAUAAAGAUGCUACUGUUGAAAAUAAAAAGAAGCAAGAAAAUUCAUCUGAUUCGACAUCUUCAAAAAAACAUGCACCAGCAUUAAAAGAAAACAAUUAUAAACAAAUUAGUAUUCGUGGUAUUCCAUUGUUAGAAAAUGUUGAAGAAGUUAAAAAAGUAUUUAAUCGUCAUUUACAUUUCACUAUUGUCAAAGAUCGUGAUGUUGCUACUGAUCAUGAUUAUUAUGAAUCAAUAGCUUAUACCGUUCGUGAUCAUCUUGUUAGUAGAUGGAUUCGUACAAAUCAAUAUCAUUUUGAAACUGAUCAAAAGCGUGUUUAUUAUCUUUCACUCGAAUAUCAUAUGGGAAGAGCAUUAUCUAAUUGUAUGAUUAAUUUAGGCAUUGAAAAUUCUGUUGAUGAAGCUCUUUAUGAAAUGGGUUUGAAUAUUGAAGAAUUAGAAGAACUUGAAUCGGAAGCUGCACUUGGAAAUGGGGGUCUUGGACGAUUAGCUGCUUGUUAUCUCGAUAGUAUGGCUACAUUAGGUCUUUCUGCCUAUGGAUAUGGUCUUCGAUAUGAUUAUGGAAUUUUUGCUCAAAAAAUUGAAGAUGGUUAUCAAAAAGAAUAUCCAGAGAAUUGGUUAAGAUAUGCAUGUCCAUGGGAAAUAAGUCGACCAGAAUUUCUCGUACCUGUGCAAUAUUAUGGUAAAGUUAUCGAUGAUAAAGAUGGAAAGAAGAAAUGGGUCGAAUAUAUAACUGUUCAUGCUAUGCCAUACGAUUCACCAAUUCCUGGUUAUAAUAAUAACGUAGUAAAUACAUUACGUUUAUGGUCCGCAAAAGCUUCCGAAAAAUUUAAUUUUGCAUUAUUCAAUAGUGGUGAUUAUAUUCGUGCUGUUGCUGAACAAAGUUCAUCAGAAGAUAUUACUCGAGUAUUAUAUCCAAAUGAUGAUUUCGAUGAAGGAAAAAUUCUUCGUUUAAAACAAGAAUAUUUCUUAGUAUCAGCAUCGGUACAAGAUAUUAUAGCACGUUAUAAACGAUCGAAAAUAAAUUUAAAAGCAGAUCAACAAGUUGAUUUUACAAAUUUUCCAGAUAAAGCAGCUAUUCAAUUAAAUGAUACACAUCCAGCUUUAAGUGUUGUAGAAUUAAUGCGUUUAUUAAUUGAUGUAGAAAAUCUUGGUUGGGAUCAAGCAUUUGAUAUAACAAAAAGAACUAUUGCUUUUACAAAUCAUACACUUUUACCAGAAGCACUUGAAAAAUGGCCAAUUGAUAUGUUUCAAAAACUUUUACCACGUCAUUUUCAAUUAAUAACCGAUAUUAAUGCACAUCAUUUAGAUAUUGUACAGAAAAAAUGGCCAGAAGAUAAAGAACGUAUGAAACGUAUGACAAUCAUUGACGAUGAAGCAAAAAAAGUCAAUAUGGGUUAUUUAUCUGUCGUUGGUUCGCAUGCAGUUAAUGGUGUUGCUCAAAUGCAUAGCGAUUUACUUAAAUCUACUAUUAUGAAAGAUUUUUAUGAACUCAAUCCAGAAAAAUUUCAAAAUAAAACGAAUGGUAUAACACCACGUCGUUGGUUACUCAUAUGCAAUCCCGAUUUAGCAGAUCUUAUUACAACUAAAAUAGGUGAAGGUUGGAUUACAGAUCUGGCACAAUUAAAACAAUUACGAGAUUAUGUUGAUGAUGAACAAUUUAUUCGUGAUAUUCAACGUGUUAAAUUUGAAAAUAAAGAACGUUUAAGUAAAUUUCUUAAAAAGAAUUUUAAUGUUAAUAUUAAUCCAAAUUCAAUGUUUGACGUACAAGUAAAACGUUUACAUGAAUAUAAACGACAAUUAUUAAACUGUCUUCGUGUUAUUACAGUCUAUAAUCGUAUUAAAGCUAAUCCAGAUAAGGAUGUUAUUCAACGUACAAUCAUUUUUGGUGGAAAGGCUGCACCUGGUUAUAAAACUGCUAAAUUAAUUAUUAAAUUAAUUUGUAAUGUUGCACGUACGGUUAGUGAAGAUCCAGUUAUCGGUGAUCGACUCCGAGUUGUUUUUCUUGAAAAUUAUGGUGUUAGUCUUGCUGAAAAAAUAAUUCCGGCUGUUGAUUUAUCUGAACAAAUAUCAUUAGCUGGUUUGGAAGCAUCAGGUACAAGUAAUAUGAAAAUGAUGCUUAAUGGAGGAUUAACUAUCGGUACAAUGGAUGGUGCAAAUGUUGAAAUAUGUGAAGAAGUUGGAAAAGAUAAUAUUUUUACAUUUGGUUUGACAUACAAAGAAGUUGAUGAAUUACGUGAAAAGGGAUAUAAUGCAAAAGAUUAUUAUGAACAUAAUGCCGAAUUAAAACAAGCAAUCGAACAAAUACGAGAUGGAGUUUUUUCACCGGAAGAUCCGAAUCUAUUUUCAGAUAUUGUUAAAAGUUUACUUGAAUCCGACGAAAAAUUUAUGUUACUUGCUGAUUAUGAAGAAUAUAUGAAAGCACAUGAACGUGUUGAACAACUUUAUAAAGAUGGAACUGAAUGGACAAAGAAAUGUAUUUUAAAUAUAGCAGCAGCCGGUAAAUUUUCAUCAGAUCGAGCAAUUCGAGAGUAUGCAAAAGAUAUAUGGAAUGUUACUCCAACAGAUAAAAAACUUCCAAGUCCAGAUGCCGGUCGACCAGAAAAUGAAGAUGAUAGUCUUGAAAACACUCGACCACAUGUUCGUCGACAAGAUUAUUAA